AUGCUUUACUCAACAUCGCCCUCCUUCCUCCUACAGUCACAAAGAGAAAACGUAGCUAAAAAGAAAUCUAGAAAUGUUCUCCUAGAAAUAUGGGAGGCUAUUAUCCCAUAUGUCAAGGCCUCCGAAGAUAGGGCAGCAGCGACUCUGGUGUGCAAAAGCUGGUUUCAAAUCGACAAGGUUACUCGAGAGCACGUUACUGUAAAGUCUGCUUACGUUGCAAAACCGGAAAGACUUUUCCGACGCUUCCCAAACCUCCGUUCGUUGAAAAUAAAGGGAAUGUCACCGGAAAUGAUGCAUCACUUUUGGAUGGGCUCGAGGGAUAAGAUAACACCGUGGUUCACGGAGAUUGUGAAACAUCCUAAAAUCGAGGCAGUUGAGAAUCCUUCACAAACUUGGAGCUUGAGCACUUUAAGAGCCUUCCUCAAAUUUGAAGUUACAAGUAACUCUAGAUCACCAUCUGAUACUAUCAUCCUCCUAACGUCAACUACCUCGAUUUUAGGAUGUUUCACAAUCUCCGUGAACCACGGUGUUGUGUUAUCUCUCGAGCCCAUCCAAAAGUGA